AUGGGUGGAAUAGAAGGAAUUCUUAGAAUGAAUAAUUCAACUUUGACAUCUUUGGAACUUAAUUCAAUAAAAUUUAGAAUUAAAUUAAUAAAAAGAUUAUUGGAUGCUCUUUCCAACAAUACAGUCAUAAAUUCUUUAAGUCUUCGUAAUAAUAAGAUCGGUUUGAUCGAUGCUGAAGAGGGAAAUGAGUUAGCAAAUUUUAUUCGCAAAAACACCGUAAAGGAAAGGGAAAGAAGUAGUCACUUCUCUGGCACCACCAAGAACAAAGGCCCAAAAAAAAGAAAGUAUGCGGAAUCUAGUGCCAGACAGUCUGCCUAUGCAGAAAGGCGGGAGUUACCAUAUUCAAUAACUCGAUCUGAAGCAUACAAAAGUGUUGAUUUCAGUCAAGUUACGGCUGAUAACCCAUUAAACUAUCGAAAGUCCCCAAAUCUGUAG